AUGGAGUGGGUCAAAAAUACAUACAACGAGCAGUACGAGAACUGGGUGCCAUGGUUGGAGGAUAAAUACCUUGCCUGGUUUGGCGAGAAUAAGAGCAGCUAUUUUGCCAAAGACAACCUUUCCAAAACCAAGAUCACAGGAGACAAGAAUGUCAACGCCUUACAAGAUGGUGUGAACGAUGGUGUUGGUGGACAACUGGGCAAGGGCGGCCUUUUGGAAGGCGUCGGCAAAUUGGGAAGCAAGGAGGUUUUUACAAGGAGUGAAAGGGGUGGAAAGGGGGAGGGAGGUAGUGUACUGUGA